CCAUUCUGAAGAAGCUAACCAUUUUACUGUCUCAUUUUUUUUCCUUCCAGAAUGGGUUCCGGGUGGGCUCCUUGGGUGUUGAUUCUGUUAGUGGAUCUAAUCAGGCUGGAUUCCUCCAUGGCCCGAGGCAGAGUCUCUCCAGAAGAUUUUGUGAUUCAGGCAAAGGCUGACUGUUACUUCACCAAUGGGACUGAAAAGGUGCAGUUUGUGGUGCGAUUCAUUUUUAACUUGGAGCAAUAUGCACGUUUUGACAGCAGUGUGGGAAUGUUUGUGGCAUUGACGGAGCUGGGGAAGCCUGAUGCCGAGUUGUGGAACAACCGCUCAGAUAUAUUGGAGAGGAGCAGAGCUUCUGUGGAUGCCCUCCGCAGGCGUAACUACCGGCUGGGUGCCCCCUUCACUGUGGGGAGAAAAGUACAACCAGAGGUGACCAUGUAUCCCGAGACGACCCCAUCCCUGCAGCACCGCAAGCUGCUGCUCUGCUCUGCGACAGGUUUCUAUCCAGGAGACAUCACCAUCAGGUGGCUCUGGAAUGGGCAGGAGGAGAGCGCCGGGGUCAUGUCCCCUGGCCUUGUCAGGAAUGGAGACUGGACCUUUCAGACAGCGGUGAUGCUGGAAAUGAUGCUUGAACUCCGAGAUGUCUACACCUGUGUUGUUGACCAUCCCAGCCUGCUUUGCCCUAUUUCUGUGGAGUGGAGAGCUCAGUCUGAAUAUUCUUGGGAAAAGAUGCUAAGUGGAGCUGCAGCCUUCCUGCUCGGGCUGAUCUUCCUUCGGGUGGGACUCGUUAUCUGCGCCAGGGCUCAGACAGGUAACGAGCCUCUCAGGAGCACACUGCCGCCUGCCCAUGGCUUCCCCCCUUCCCACUUUUGCUAAUGUCAAAGAUGUGAGGCGGAAGGUUGACUGUACUUCUCAGGGAUCACUGAGAUAGUUUUUCUGAAGCUAGAAACAUUCCGGGGGUCAGAGGAGAUGGAGCUCCGAUCAUGCAGGUCAUCUCCCACCCCUCAGGAUACUCACAACAUU